AUGCUCAACCACGACGCAGGGUGGAACUUCAACCGAGAGAUCGUGCAGAUGAGCUACGGAGAGGGUGGCGAGGACUCGUGGUUCGAGAGCGUCCCCGACCUACCUGACGACUGGAGUGGACCGGGAAACACCGCGCGGUGGCUACAAGAGUACACUUCUUAUGAGAGUACAGAGGAAGAACUGGAUGAGAUCAUUUCAAUUGCCGCUAAUGACGGGGCCGUGGAGUUCGCGGAGAGUCUGAAGCCCAAGGACUGCGACUUGCUGGAGUAUAUAAAUGAGAGGACCAAGCCUAAAACCAUCGAGUGGCUGCUAGAGAAGGGGUAUGUGAAGAAGAUCCAGGACCUCGGCGCCAUGGUCAUUGUGGUAGCGGCUGUGCACGGCGACUUGGACCUCAUGCAACGCGUCGCGCGGCUGCGCAACAAGAGGCGGAAGAUCACGCAGUGGCCACGCGAGUGGAAGUUCUCGAUUGGCCUCGCGUGCAGUCGCGGCAACUACGAGAUGGUCAAGUGGAUGGUGGAGCACCCGCUAGGCCCUGAUGCCAUUGCUGGCAUGAAGGAUAAUUGCACGUUCGACUGUCUUCUCGAUGAUGCGGCAGCAACUGGUAACGUCGAGCUGGUAGAUCUUCUCUUCGACCUUGGCAGCGACGACCUCUACGGAUCCGCAUUGCUCAAGGCAGCGACAGGGGGCCAUUUGAAGUGCGUCAACCGGCUACUGGAGCGCUGCUCGACAAGCAUGUAUUCGAGUCGGGAGUCGAUUGAGAAGGUGGUAGUUGAAGCCGCCAAGAAUAAUCACCUGGACACUCUGGAGUUCUUUCACUACCAGGACGCUCCACUGAUGCACCCUUGCACUAACCGCGAGACGUCUCCGAAGCGACGACGUAUCGAACCAACCAAUAUCUGGUGGGCAAGAGCAAGCGCCGCCUUCGAUGCAGCUGCAGGUAAUGGACACCUUGAGGUAUUGAAAUGGCUUCAUGCCAAUCGAUACGAAGGAUGCUCGACGGAUGCAAUGGACCAGGCUGCGGGUAAUGGGCAUCUGAAGGUGGUGAAGUGGCUGCACGCAAAUGUUAAGGAAGCGACCUGCACGGAGCGAGCUAUGGACACUGCUGCGACAAACGGCGACUUGAGCGUGCUCAAGUGGCUGCACGCGAACCGAUCUGAAGGAUGCACGUAUCGGGCGUUCAACAGCGCCGUGUGCAACGGACACUUGCGAAUUGCGUAUUAUCUGCGGUCGAAGCUCCCGCAACUCACUCCACCACCGGACAACCAGUUCUGGUUCCGCUCACAGAACCAAUUCGACGUGCUGCUGUUUCUGCGAGAGAACUGUCCCGAGAUUUUCACAGCUGAGUUCGGUCGGGAAACCAAAUAUGAUUUUGCGGGCGACUCUGCUAGACCCGGCGAUUUUCUGAUUGAAGAAUGGCUUGAUGAAUUGUACCCGGAGAUUAGUCAAGAAGGAGAAUAG